AUGCUCUCUCCAACAACCGUUAUUUUUGUCCCCGGUGCGUGGCACAGCCCACACUGCUUCGACGAAGUCGUUCGACUGCUUCAAGCCGAGGGUUAUAAUACUGAUCUUGUUCACUUGCCCUCGGUUGACCCCAUACAACCUCAUUCCGACUUCUCGGAAGAUGUGUCUCAGAUUAGAAAUCAGAUCCAGGUUGCAAUUGAUGCUGGGCAAAGAGUGGUAGUUACGGUGCACUCGUACGGCGGACUUCCGGGCUCUGAAGCGAUUCGCGGGUUAGACUGGAGUACGCGUCAACGCCAGGGCCAACCAGGGGGCGUAAUUCAUCUGUUUUUCUGCUGCUCCUUCAUCGUUCCAGCAGGAAAGUCUCUGAUUAGUUCAUUCGGCGGCCAGGACCUUCCGUGGUUCCGCAUCUCAGAUGAUCGUCUCCUUGUGACACCGGCCACUCCCAGGCCAACCUUCUACAACGACAUGAGUCCGCGGGAGGCAGAAAGUGCUGUCCAAACAUUAAGGCCACACAGUUAUCAGACAUUCCACAGCAAAUUAUCCUACGAGGCGUGGAGACAUGUGCCGUCCACGUACCUCUACUGCCUCAAGGACGAGGCGAUCCCACUCCCAGUGCAAAGGAUGAUGGUGGAGGAGAUAGCGAAAGGGGUCAACAUUCAUACCCAUGUUGUGGAUGCAUCGCACAGUCCUUUCUAUACGGCACCGGCGGAGGUGGCAGAUGCCAUUGGAAAGGCCGCCAGCCGAUCUGCGGAACUGAUUACGGAGGGGAAAUUGUAA